AUGCUCAACUCUCUCUUCCCCGCCAACUCCCGUCCCCGAACCAGCUCGCCCCAGCAGCACCAGUCUGCGCAUUCCAUGGCUCGCCCCGUUCUCAAGUGGGUGAACCAGCGCACCCUCGGCGAGGCCAUCAACACCCCGCUGCCGACGCCGCCCGCCCCCGCUCGUCUUCCGCCCCCGCCGUCCUUCCGGCCCUCCCAUCUCGCCAUCCACCCGCCGCCGUUCUGCGACAAUCUGACCCGAGCCACUCUCCCGACCGCCUCCCUCUCCCCGCCUCUCCCCGUCGAGAACCAGUCCACCCAUCUCUCACUCGACCCGGUUCGCCCUCCUCCCAUCCUCCGACUCCAAUCCAAACCAACCCGCUCCUCGCUCGACUCGUUGCGCUCCGUAUCCCGCCCCUCCUCCACAUACGCCCCCGCAGAGUCCACCUCCGCCCUCUCCUCCAAAUGGUGGUUCCAGUCAGACGCCCUCAAUCCGCCCCUCCAGAAAGACAAGCCCGACGAUAAAAAGACUUUCUUGUCUCCCCGUAAUCCAGUCGUCUUCUGUCAUGGCUUACUCGGCUUCGACUCGGUCACCAUCGGCCCCGCAAUCGCUCCCUUUGAAGUCACCCAUUGGCGCGGCAUCAAGGAGGUCCUCGAGGAGAAUGGCACAGAGGUGCUCAUCACCCGCGUUCCAGCCACCAGUAGUCCUGUCGACAGGGCAAAGGUCCUCGAGCAAAAAAUUUCUUCCGGCGGCUUGGACUGCAGAUACCUAACCACACAUCUUACUAAACGCAAAUUUCAAGUCUUGUCUAUAACCACUAUAGCCACUCCCCACCGCGGUUCUGCCUUUGCAGACCACUUCCUUUCUACCGUCGGUCGUGCCCGCAUGCCCUCCGUGCUCUCUCUCCUUGACCUCCUGCCAAACGGUGGUGGAGAUGGCAAGGCUUUCGAGUGUCUAACUAUUGACAGUAUGCGCAAGUUCAACCAAGAUACCCCAGACGUACCCGGUGUCAGAUAUUUCAGCUGGGGCGCCGGUACCUAUCUCGGCACCCUCUCCCAAGUCAAUCACCUCGACCUCGUAGGAUGGAUAAACACAGCAAGAUACAAGUGGGCAGAGAUGAUGGGUAAGGAAAUCAAGUUCCGGCCAGCUACAUUCUAUCUCGGUAUUGUCGACAUGCUUGCCCGUGAGGUGGAAGGCCAAGGGUCCGACUCUGAUCCUUCCAAAGCAGGCGCAGGCGUCGAUCUCGAGGAAGAACCCACUUCCCGGAGCAGCGGCGCCAGUAUAGAGUACCAACAGCGCACUCAAAUGCUCGAUAGUCUUGAUACCGCCGGCGCCGACGUACACGAUGCUCGUGCAAGUACCGAUUCGAGAUCGUCUACUCCCAGCUUGCGAAAACGGACGACGGGGAAAACAAAAUCUCAGCCGCCAUGA